UGCGCCGUUGCGUCUUCGAGUGAAGCUGCGUGCUUACUUUUUUUCUGUAAAAGGUUUGAUCUUGCAAAGAUAAGAGAAAAGGUGUAAAAAUGGCGAUGAGAUUCUGAAGGGGUUAUAUUUUGUACAAAUUAAAAUGCUUGUGUAUCAAAGCUACAGAAACCUUUUCCAGGCGUUAAAGCAGAACCCUGUGUCCCCUGGUACUGUGUUGUGGUCAUGUAGAAGUCACGUUAAACAGCUCUGCAAACAUGAUGCUCGUUCCAAGAGUUCAUCUGCUGGUGAGAGACAGCAGGAGAGGCAGAGGGCUCACAUGGCACGUGGCCUUCCAAAGCAAAAGCCCAUAGCGGGUGUUAAAGAGGUCAUCGUUGUUGCUUCAGGGAAAGGAGGAGUUGGCAAAUCUACCACAGCAGUAAAUCUUGCUCUUGGACUAAUGGCUAACGAUCAGAGUAAGGCAGUGGGUCUUUUAGAUGCUGAUGUUUAUGGCCCCUCAGUCCCAAAGCUGAUGAACCUUAGAGGAAACCCAGAAUUAACAGACAACAACUUAAUGAGACCUCUUGUGAAUUUUGGGAUCCCUUGUAUGUCUAUGGGAUUUCUGGUUGAAGAUACAGCACCCAUUGUCUGGAGGGGUCUGAUGGUCAUGUCCGCCAUUGAGAAGCUCCUUAGGCAGGUAGACUGGGGCUUUUUGGAUUACUUAGUGAUUGACAUGCCACCUGGAACAGGGGAUGUACAGCUUUCCGUCACACAGAACAUCCCGAUAGCAGGUGCCGUGAUCGUGUCCACUCCCCAGGACAUCGCGCUGUUAGACGCACGCAGAGGUGCUGAGAUGUUCCGUAAGGUUAACGUGCCGGUGCUGGGUCUCGUUCAAAACAUGAGUGUUUUCCAGUGUCCUCAAUGCAACCACCAGACACACAUCUUUGGCACAGAUGGAGUGAAAGAAUUAGCACGUACCCUUGGAGUAGAGGUUCUUGGUGACAUUCCACUUCAUCUGAACAUCAGAGAGACCUCAGACAUGGGUCGGCCUGUGGUUGUGUCCUCACCCCAAAGUCCUGAGGCCGAAGCAUACAGAAGAGUCGCCACAGCAGUGGUGCGUCGCCUCACAGAGGAGUCCAGCAGAAUGUCUGAAUAACUCUGAUAUACUUAUCUAUUUAUUAGUCAUCAGUACUGAGAAUUUUCAAUCAAUAUUUUACUGAUGA